UUGUGCCGAGGAGAAAAACAACAAGAGGUUUGCGUCGCGGCAUUCAACAAACAAAAGUGGGUGGAUUUGCUAUUGAAAUUUCAGUAUGAAAAUGUUGUUAAAUUUUGUGAUUCUUGGUGUGAUUUUCAUCACGGCGUGUUCCAGCAUCAGCGUCGAUGAAAAUGGGUACAUUUUGUACUGUCCGUGCAUGGGUCGUUUCGGCAACCAAGCGGACCACUUCCUUGGCGCCCUCGGAUUUGCCCACGCCCUCAACCGAACGCUGGUGCUUCCACCGUGGGUCGAGUACCGCAAGGGGGAGGCCCGUUCGAUCCAGGUCCCAUUCGACGCGUACUUCCAGGUGGCUCCCCUGGGCGAGUUUACCAAGGUGAUCACGAUGGAGAACUUUAUGACGGCGUUGGCACCGUCGCUGUGGCCACCGGAAAAUCGCACCUCGUUCUGCUACACGGAACGUAUGGAUUUGGACGGGAAGAUGAGUGGCGGGUGUAACGCCAAGAGUGGUAAUCCUUUUGGACCGUUUUGGGACAAUUUUGGGGUGGAUUUUGUCAAGUCGGAGUUUUUUGGACCGAAGCUGAACUACGACGUUUAUCACCACGAUAUGGCGAGCAAGUGGAACGAGCGGUAUCCGGCGGAGAGGUGGCCGGUCAUUGCUUUUACCGGAGCUCCGGCGAGCUUCCCGAUUCAAAUUGAGAAUCGAGAGCUGCACCAGCAUUUGAGGUGGUCGGUGAGCAUCGAGAACGAAGCGCGAGACUUUAUUCGGUACAAGAUGCCGAAAGGGGCCUUUAUCGGGAUUCAUCUGAGGAACGGAAUCGACUGGGUGCGUGCCUGUGACCACGUUAAGGACAGCUCCAACCUGUUCUCGUCGCCGCAAUGCCUCGGAUAUCGGAACGAGAAGGGAUCGCUCACGCUGGACAUGUGUCUACCGCCAAAGGACGUCAUAAUUCGGCAGCUUAAACGACUCAUCAAGAAUCACAAAGAAACCCACAAGAAUAACCCGAUCAAGUCGGUGUUUGUCGCGUCGGACAACAAUCACAUGAUUAACGAGCUCAACGAAGCGCUCAAGCGGAUGGACGUGGUGGCGGCGAAGGCGGCCGGAAGUAACCCCCAUCUGGAUCUGGCCAUUCUGGGGAUGUCCAACCACUUUGUCGGCAACUGUGUCUCGUCGUACUCGGCUUUUGUGAAGCGCGAACGCGACGCCAAGGGAUUCCCGUCCAGCUUUUGGGCCUUCCCCGCGGAGAAGCCCAGGUCGUUCAAAUCCAACGCCUCGGGAGGAGGAUCGCUGACGCAUGAAGAGCUGUGAAGAGGACGUCGCCGUGCUGAGUGUGGUGAGUGAGAUCAUUGAAUUAAGGCAAAAAAGAGUAGAAUCGCGGGCUGUCCCCCAAGGUUUUCCUCUCUAUCGCGUGCGCGCUCUCUGUCUCGUCUGGCAGGCAGACUCAGUGUUGUGUAUUUGUGUUUUCGUUCAUGGCUGACGACGUGCGCUGCGACCUUCGUAACCGCGGUUUGUUUUUGUUGUUCGAUGCAAAAGUGCAGUACGAUUUUGGGGUAGAACGCAGUUCCUAGCGAUCGGGUCCUAUUUUUAAACUUUAUUUAUAAAUUCAGCGUAAUUCAAGCAUUUCUUCGAUUUCAUUCAAUCAAAAUCAAUCAAACCCCUCUAACAUGAGUGUCACACAACGACUGAUGGCGUGACCUUUUUGGACAAUUCUUAAAAAGUACACGCAAACUCAAACACACACAAACACUCAUUUCUUGUGAGAUCAUUAAAAUUAGCAGCUAAAGCCGCCCGAAGGGGACCUUCGCGUGGAGUCAUUAAAUUUGUGAACGAGUGAGCACCGCACCGAAAUUGCUUUGUUUUGUGGGAAACCGAUACCGAUUUGUUUGCCAAGACGUAGUAAAUAGUAGUACGGUGGUCAGAUAAGUGGAUGCUUAGUGGAUUUCUACUAUUUAGUUUGAAUUAAGAUUUUGCCUUACCGAUAUCUUUUGAAAAGAUGAGUUGAAUUUGACUGAUUCUGAGCUAAGCGAUGGUAGGAUUUAAGACUAUGUAACUAUAGCAAACUUAAGAAACUUGUAUUGAGUAUACUUGAA